UGGUUUCUGUCCGCCGCGUGUCUCCACAUCAGGCGGACGGCGAGGUCGCCGAGUACAACAGGACAAUGGGCGUCAGCAAUGGAUGUCCAGUCUCGCUACUGGGCGUCCGUGCAGCUACGUUGUUCUCAGCUCUGUCCAUUGAUUCCCUGUUUGUCCGGGACGAGCAGCCGGUCAGAGUCUCUCUGGGCUUCAGGACCACAGACACACACGGUGCUCUUCUCCGGAGCAGCUCCCAGCGCUCCAGCUCGGCCCUUGACCUCCAGCUGUCCCUGGAUGACGGCUACGUGGUGUUUGAUAGCAAUAAUCAUAAGCUGAAAUCUCAGGAAGGAUACAGUGAUGGAAAGUGGCACUACUUGACUGCAGUUCAGAGGCCAACAGGGUUGCAGCUCAGUAUUGAUAAUGUCAAUGUGACUCAGGGACGAUCACACCACGUCAGGCCUGUGAAUGAACAUUCACGAAGCAAGACGUUCAUAGGCUGCAUCGCUAACCUUCAUACACGGCGGCCGGAGCGGAGCUUCAUACCUGCGGAUCUGAGCUCAUUCUCACUAAACGGGGACGUUGUUCUUGGCCUGUGCGGUCUCCACAUCUCACCACACACCGAGCUUUCACCGGCGCCGGUGCUGGAGAAGCACCAGAGACACGAACCUCCCUCCGGCAGCCGCUGUGCACGGCGACAUGCACACCGCGCUGAGCACCGGCUCUAUGACGAGCACAGCUGGCUCAGUUACACUCUGCCACAACAGGACCUCAAUUACAGGCCUCACUUCUCUCUCGACGUCAAGACCAAGUCGUCCAGGGGCCUGAUCCUGCAUGUGGCGGGGAGAGGAGUCGUGCCGCUGCUGGCUCUGUACAUGGCCAACGGCAAGGUCAAGAUGUCACUGGGGCAGAACAGAAUCAUCCAACACAAGCGGAAGAGCAACGACGGGAACUGGCACAGGGUGAAGCUCAGUGUGGAGAGGAGCACUUUUCAUCUGCUGGUCGACGGAGUCCGUGUGACAGACGGUCACCUGCCGAACAACGAGGGCUCGUCUUUGGAGCUGCACAACCCCGUGUACCUGGGAAGUGAUCUGAAAAGCACAGCCAUGAAAGGACACAACAUUCCCAUGAACAGCGUCAUCGGCUGCAUACGGGAUUUCAAAAUAAACGAGGAGGCUGUUGGGGAACCCGGGGCAAACCAUAAAACUUCACCUUGCCUCGAUGGGGCCGCGGAGAUGGGGACGUACUUUGGCGGUGGUCACCUCAUCUUAGAUAAUCACUUCACCGUUGGCCCCCACUUUGUGUUGUCCUUCGAGUUGCGUCCUCAGUACCUGACAGGUCUUCUCUUCCAUGCUCAGAGUGAAAAGGCCAGCCUUAAUGUGUUCCUAAUGGAAAACGAGGUGGGGGUCAAAGUGCACGAUGGCACCGGUGCGGUCAGUGUCUCUGUGACCCCCCGUGAAAGUCUCUGUGAUGGAAAGUUUCACGUGGUUACAGUGUCCAAACAGCACGAUGUUGUCAGACUAGUGGUGGACUCCGUGUCCGAGGAGAAAGCCUUCCCCAUCACGUCCACCUCACACUCAAAAACACUACUGGGUUCACUUUCCGUUGGAGGUACGACAAAAUACAGCAGAGUCCCUGUGUCCUCACCUUUUGUGGGCUGCUUGCGAAAUGUGAAGAUUGAUGGAAAGCCCCUUGCAUUCUUAACAGAAUCCAGGGUGGUUGAUCCUGUGAGAAUCAAUAGAUGCCCUAAAGACGAAUGACAUGAUCGAGCAAUCAAACGUCUCAGAUCCCUCGGCAUCAGAGUCAGAAACCAACAGAACUCAUUUGAAAUUAUACAUUAUUAUAAUUACUAUUAUAGAGACAAAAAUGUUCAAAUAUAAAAUGUAAGGAUUAAUUUACAGAAGUCAGCAUCAUCACCAGCUGAAGACACUUUGUUUUUGUAUUGCAAGAAAAGAGAAGUUAAAAACAGACUCAGAGAUAAGGUUUGUGCUAGAUUUUUCAUAUUCUCAAACAAUGUGUUUAACUUUUCAAUAUUAUAAGAGAAUAGAUGUUUGGAGAUUGUUCAUGGUUGUGACCAACAAACCAAGUACUGUAACCAAUACUUGGUUUGUUGCUCCCUACUCAAAUUACAAGAUGCAGCAUAUCAUUUAUUAUAAGGAUGAUUAUGCAAAAGGUAUAAGUACAAUCCAUAUUGCGGCUGUACAGUUAAUUAUGAUGGACUUGGUGGUGCACAGAUUCUGUAUUUCCUCAAAAUUACCCUGCAUGACAUUUCAAUAAAAUGUUAAUUA